AGGGGGCGCGGCCGUGGGGAGAGACGCGGGGAGGGAGGACGCGGCGGUGGAGAGGGACGCGGGAGCAAGGGGCGGCAGGAGGAGGAGGAGGGCGCGCGGCGCGGCUGACGUGGGCCAGGGUCGCGCAGCGGGCUGUGGGCGGUGGCGGCGCGCAGCGACAGAGCGUCUCCCGGCGAGGACGAGCGAGCACGGCGCCCGCACCUCCCCGCACCGCCCGCGCUGCGCGCCCGGAGGAGCGGCCGCCGCCGUUCUCCAGCUCGAGCUGCAUUCCCUCCGCUUCCGCCCCACGUUUCUCCCGCUCCGGGCCCCGCCAUGGCCCGGGCAGUGUGGUCGCGCCUCGGCCGCAUCCUAUGGCUCUCCUGCCUCCUGCCCUGGGCCCCGGCAGGGGUGGCCGCAGGCUUGUAUGAACUCAAUCUCACCACCGAUAGCCCUGCCACCACGGGAGCGGAGGUGACUAUCUCAGCCAGCCUGGUGGCCAAGGACAACAGCAGCCUGGCCCUGCCCGCCGAUGCCCACCUCUACCGCUUCCACUGGAUCCACACCCCGCUGGUGCUCACUGGCAAGACGGAGAAGGGUCUCAGCUCCACCAUCCAUGUGGUCGGCCAUGUGCCUGGGGACUUCCCAGUCUCCGUCUGGGUCACUGCCGCUGACUGCUGGAUGUGCCAGCCCGUGGCCAGGGGCUUUGUGGUCCUCCCCAUCACAGAGCUCCUCGUUGGGGACCUCGUUGUCACCCAGAACACCUCCUUGCCCUGGCCCAGCUCCUAUCUCACUAAGACCGUCCUGAAAGUCUCCUUCCUUCUCCACGACCCGAGCAACUUCCUCAAGACCGCCGUGUUUCUCUACAGCUGGGACUUUGGGGACGGGACCCAGAUGGUGACUGAAGACUCCGUGGUCUAUUAUAACUAUUCCAUCAUCGGGACCUUCACCGUGAAGCUCAAAGUGGUGGCAGAGUGGGAAGAGGUGAAGCUGGAUGCCACGAAGGGUGUGAUGCAGAAGACCGGGGACUUCUCCGCCUCGCUGAAGCUGCAGGAAACCCUUCGAGGCAUCCAGGUCUUGGGGCCCACCCUAAUUCAGACCUUCCAAAAGAUGACUGUGACCUUGAACUUCCUGGGGAGCCCUCCUCUGACUGUGUGCUGGCGUCUCAAGCCUGAGUGCCUCCCGCUGGAGGAAGGGGAGUGCCACCCUGUGUCCGUGGCCAGCACAGCGUACAACCUGACCCACACCUUCAGGGACCCUGGGGACUAUUGUUUCAGCAUCCGGGCCGAGAAUGUCAUCAGCAAGACGCAUCAGUACCACAGGAUCCAGGUGUGGCCCUCCAGAAUCCAGCCGGCUGUCUUUGCUUUCCCAUGUGCUACACUUAUCACUGUGAUGUUGGCCUUCAUCAUGUACAUGACCCUGCGGAAUGCCACUCAGCAAAAGGAUAUGGUGGAGAACCCGGAGCCACCCUCUGGGGUCAGGUGCUGCUGCCAGAUGUGCUGUGGGCCCUUCUUGCUGGAGACUCCAUCUGAGUACCUGGAAAUUGUCCGCGAGAACCAUGGGCUGCUCCCACCCCUCUAUAAGUCUGUCAAAACUUACACUGUGUGAGCACUCCCCCUCCCCACCCCAUUUCAGUGUUCACUGACUGCUGGCUUGGAGUUUCUGGCAGGGUGGUGUGCACCACUGACCAGGAGGGGUUCAUGUCCGUGGGGCUGUUGGCCUGGAUCAUCCACCCAUCUGUACAGUUCAGCCACUGCCACAAGCCUCUCCCUCUCGGUAACCCCUGCCCCCAACCAUUCCCCCAUCUGUACAGUCCAGCCACUGACGUAAGCCCCACUCGGUUACUACCGCCUUGACCCCCUACCUUUGAAGAGGCUUCAUGCAGGACUUGGAUGCUUGGGGUGUUCCAUGUUCACUCCCAGGUGGGCCUGGCUGCCCACUGCCCAUUCCUCUCAUAUUGGCACAUCUGCUGUCCAUUGGGGGUUCUCAGUUUCCUCCCCCAGACAGCUCUGCCUGUGCCAGAGAGCCAGAAAGGAGGUCACAAAGGGUUAAAAAUCCAUAACUGAAGGUUGUACACAUAGAUGGGCACACUCACAGAGACAAGUGUGCAUGUACACACACACACAAAUAUAAACACACGUGUCACAUGGAGAUUUCAGAUGAUUAGCUCUGUAUCUGGUUAAGUUGGUUGCUGGGAUGCAGCCUGCACUACAGCUGAAAGGAAAUUUGACCUCCAAGCAGCCCUGACAGGGCUGGGCCGGGCCCUCCCUUUGUGCUUUGUCUCUGCACUUCUCACACCUUUUAGAAGGCCACCCUAGUCCCUGCUUGCUGGCAGGGGGCUGGAUGGGGGGCAGUACUAACUUUUAGUGAGUGCAGAGUGAUUUAUAAAUAUCACCUUAUUUUAUUGAAACCCAUAUGUGAAACUUUCAUCGAGGAAAAGGACUUGCAGUGGUAGAAGAGGUUGAAUCAGUAGGGACUUGGGUUCCCUGUGUGCGAGGGGGGCAUUCUUGCCUGCCAGCUGCUCCCAAGGUGGCCUUGAGAAGAAAGAAGCAGGAUGACAGAGCCUGACUAGCGGAACCAGCCUGCACCCUCCCCUCUGGCCCAGCGACCUGGGCUGUGGUAGAGAGAGACAAUAAUGAGGCCAGAAGUAGCUGGAGCCAGUCGGGAAGGGCAGGGGAGGACUGUAGGGUCUGGGCUCUGUCUCUGUAACCAUCU